UUACGAGCGUCUCUUUUUAUCGGAAGCAAGAAGAGUGUGAUAUAGGAAAGGAUUCAUUUGGAUUCUACAUGAGCUUGGCAUUGGUUGUGUACUGGAUAUAGCAGUGAGCAUAACCGUAAGCAUCCAAUAUUUCACUCCGGGCGAUACCUGGCCUCAUUAUCUUGCCUGUUUCAUCGUUUACAUAACUUGUCCUAAGACCGAAAGAACAAAAUGUCUGACGGCCAGCUUCAAGAUGUCUUCAAGUCUUUCUGCGCCUUCGGUGCUGGGAGCAAGGAUGCCGCGCCUGUCAUGGAUAACUCCAAGUGGGGCAAGAUGUUCAGAGACCUUAAGCUUUACGACAAGAAAUUCACCAGCACCGAUACAGACAUCAUCUUUAACAGACCUGAGGUCAAAUCUAAGACUGAUCGUAAGAUCAACUUUGCCCAGUUUAAAAAGGCUCUGGAAUUAUGUGCCGAGAAGAAGUACGGGAGCAAAGACGACGUCCAAAAGCUGAUUGAGAAGAUCUGCGCAGGCAAAGGACCUGGUACAUCGGGUGCCACAAAAGCGUCGAAAGCCGGAGGAGUUGAUCGGCUUACCGAUAGUUCCAAAUAUACAGGUUCACACAAGGAGCGAUUCGAUGAGAGUGGCAAAGGCAAGGGCCUGGACGGAAGAAAGGACUUCGACGCAAAGGCCGCAGAGGGCUACGUCGGCGGUUACAAAGGCAAAGAUACAUACGACAAAAAAUAGAUUAUAGAAAUAACUCACUUUUUUUUUCUCUCUGUCUUUUCAUUUCGUGAUGUUUGAGAGACAUCCAUUUCAUUGUUUGGUGUUAUUUGAAAGUUUCAUAUUGAUGAAUAGUUUGUUAGUGGUUAUAAAGUACAAGGUACACACGACAAGAAGUAUAGAUGAUAAUUUAAUUCACCAGUUGUUUUUUUUCUCUCUUUUUUAUUCCUUGAUGCUUGAGAGAGAGUUAUUUCAUGUUCUGUGAAAGAGAAAAAAAAAGAAAAAGAUACGACAAGAAGUAGGUAAUAAAAUAAGGCUUUUAAAAUCUUUUUAAUUUUUUUGUUAGCUGUUUGAAAAACAACUAUUUGAUUGUUUUGCGUGUUUUUCGGUUAUUGAAGGUUUCAUGUUAAUAACUAAUCGUACAUGUGUGUCUUGUUCAUGUCAGAUUGAUAUGAAAUCAGCAACAACAAACAAACAAAUAAACAAAAACAAGAAGAAUGAAAACUAUUUUAAAUUGAAAGAAAAAAUGUUACUGCCUUAAAAUGAACAAGACGGGAUUUUUACAGGAAAAUGCUGAAAAGAACCGCAGUGGCCUAUGUAGUAUAAAGGGGUUACGACGUAUGCCCCCUCCCGAAGGCCCCAAACAAAAAUGAAUACAUCUUUCAGGGAACCUUCGGCUUAUUGGGAUCGCCCAGUUUCCAGACAUAUUCCAUCUUGGACCGGGGAGGAAACCGCCCACUUCUUUUCACUUUAAAAAAAAUAUAUAUGCCACUGCUAAAUUAUUUUAAAAAUCAUCAUCAUUUAUUUUAUCUACGCCAGUCUCAAAUCACACCAAAGCUGAAUAAUUAGUACACAUGCCAAUGAAUAAACAUUACUUGUUGCAAUAUUUAAUAGAUACAAACGUACUCUCUAUCCCUCCAUUGAUUACAAAACAAAUAGUAUUAAACUAGGCUUAUUUGUGCUGUAUUACGAUGUUUUAUUAUGGCUGUCCAUCUCAGCAUUAUAUUGGGCCUAUACCAAAUAUACUUCCACAUGUGUGUAGCAAAUCAAUGAAUCAUCUUCUGAUACAUACUCUUUGAAAAAUAUAUUAACAAUUUAACUUUUCGCUUUCAAGACAACAAUCUGUGUAAUUGUUAUUUUUCAUAACAUUGUUGGUGUGUACCAAUUAAAGGUAUAUUUUUAUGUGAAAUCUUAGAUUGCAGAAUAGGAUAUGGUGUAACAACAUGACUUAUAAUCAUCUGGAUUGCAGAUAUAUAGUGCAACAACAUGCGAUCACAUUCAUAUUUCGGGUAUUUUUAUGCAAAAGAGCUUAGGUUUUUGACAUUGUCACUAUAUAAUCUGUAUGUAUUAUAUACUGUAAGUUGGAAAAGUUUUCAUCAUCAGCAUUAGCACACGUUAUGUUCAUAGAUGCAGUUAAAUUCUACAGAAACUUCUUAUUUUAUGUAAAAUAUAAAACAUAAAAUGGCUCAGCGCAAGAAAAGCAAAUAGAAAGAACCUAAGCCCAAAGCAAGACAAAUGAGUCGAGUUCUUUUUUCAAACGCACUUAUAUUGUAAACUUCAGAAGUAUUUCUGUACUUGUCAUCACCUUUCAACACCUAGAUGCCUAUUAGUAAUUAAAUAGUCCAGUGCUCAUUAUAUUAUAUAUAUAUAAUUAUAUAACUUUGUAAGAGGCUGAAAGGACAAAGCAGCAUAAUAAUAUUCUUAGCAGGAAGAUCAAACGAAAAUAAUAAUAAUAGAUUGACAUCAUGAUAAAAAACGUAAUUAUAGUUUGUUUCAGUUCAUUAUUAUGAUAUUUAUGGCGUAGGUUGUACGAAAAAAUAUAGAAAAUUUGCCUCAUAUCUUUGCUCAUCAGAUGUUAGUGCGUCUAAAUUUGAAGCUCCCCGAAGAACAUGAAGAAAAAAAAAAUUAACCAGGCGAAUUUCGUAUCGAUUUCGAUUGACACUUUUCAUAUAUCAUGCCAAAUUUCAUCUAGUCUUUCGUAGGUUUUUCUUACUUCCAUUUUGCUCUUAAAGAUGUUUUAUACGAUCUGUAUUUUAGUGACAUUAUAUUUGUGCGUGUGCGUGCGUGUUUUUGAAAAUCUGCAUGUUGGUAUAUAGGUUAAAUUUGAAAUUAUGAUAAUUAUUAUAAAAGACAUUCCUAUGCUAGAUUAUAAUCUUUAAUAAAUAUAUGUAUCACUACAAA